UCUGGCCGCCCGAUAGAUGCCCCUUUGUGUGGCGUACCCUUACCCUCCCUCCCCCAUAGGAUGCAUCCCCAGCCCCGCCUCUAUGCCCCACGCAAGAGCAGCGUCUCUGGGGACAAAGGGACGGGGUUAGAAGGCUUUAACAGUGUGCUGCGUGCCGUGGACAGGGUUAUAAGCGGGCAUCCGGCAGCUGAGGGUUGCUCUGUGCUGAGGCAGUGGACAAGGGCGGCACUGUUGGCUGUUCUCCACCAUCCUCGCCAUCCUUGCGGUGCCUUCCUCACCUGCCUGACGCACGACCAGCAACAUCACCUUCCCUUCGUGCCUUGAGUGCUCCACCGCGAACGCUUGAAAAACAAAUAAUCUCCCAGUGAAUCUCUCGAGUUCUCGCGAGUUUGCCAGCACCGGAGACCAUAGGACGGCGCGGCACGAGCGGUCUUCCUGCAGGGGCGGCAGCGAGGGACUCCACCAAGGAGGGAGGGUGGGAGAAGCCCGUUUAGUCAGAUGAGUCCAAAACAAAGCGCUGUUAAAUCGUAAGGAGUGUGCCAUGGUGGUGAGGCGGUGCACUGGUCGUUAGCUCGUCUGUACGUGUUCUGCCGCAGGUUCGAGAAAUGUAAUGACUAUGGUUCCAGUUGGUAGGAAUUAAUCGUGUGCCUCGCUUGGCCAAACAAAAGACAGGUGGGAAGUGAAGCGACCUGUGUCACGUUUUCUAUGGUGGUGUGAAUACCGACUGUUCAGGACCCUCGGGCAUCAUGGCCACCCGCACUUCAGUACGCACAGGAGGAAUAGUGGUGGUGGUAGUGGUGGUAGCGGCGUCAACUUACUGCGGCGCCUCCUCUGUUCUGCUUCACCCAGACGCCUCCCUCCCUUUGUUACCGGAGCAGGAAGAAGACCCACACCACGGACUACGUAACCUCACCCACGUCGCCCCGUCCUUCGCGCUGCAGGACACAGAGUACGGAGACAACGGGGGCUUCUUCCUCGACGAGUUUGAGGCGGUCACAAGGUCAGACACGUUGGAGUGCCCGAGUGCCAAUGUGAUCACGACGCGCUACAAGUGUCAGGUGAAGGAUCAGUGGGUGGACUGCUACAGGAGACACUGCUGCCAGGGGUACAACUUCGUGGCGGGGAGAUGCCUCCCGGACAGCGUGGACCCUUGCUCACAAAACUUCUGCGAGCAAAAGUGUUCCGUGUACUUCGGGCGCGUCAUCUGCACCUGCUUCUCCGGGUACAGGUUCAGUCCGGAGAACCACAAGCGAGGGAUUACACCUGUGUGCCUGGACAUUGACGAGUGUUCCAGCGGGACCGGCAUCUGCGAACACGAGUGCAUCAACGAACCAGGCUCCUUCAGGUGUUCCUGCCGUCAAGGUUUCCACCUCCGAGGGGACAACACCACUUGUGAGUUGGAGAGCGAGGGCGGGGCUGUUCCCUCCCCCAGGCAGAGGAACUCCUCGGCCCCUCUAGAAUUCUCCCAACCCCUUGUGCACGCUCAUAGGCGUGACCGAGGCAACGAGUGCUCCGCGUCUUGCUCCUCUGUGGGACAAAUGGCAGCAAAGAUAAGGAGUCUUGAGGAAAAGAUUGACACUCUCAGCACCGCGGUGAGAUUGUACAGCUUUGCCGCGGGACUUCCUGGCCCCGAAGGUCCUCCUGGUCCCCCGGGAUCUUCAGGACCCCGUGGCUUCCCAGGUCCAGCGGGCUCCCCAGGGCCGCCGGGUGAAGCAGGGCCACAAGGGCCCCCGUGGACGGCGCCUCCAAAGACAACGGUUGCGCCUCUGCCGGCUGAUGAACCCUUCACGAAAGAAGACUUCCCCCUCGACUCCUGGACAGUCAUCACCGGACAAGGCCGCCGCAAGUUCUGCAGGUGUCGUCGAGGAGCCGUGGGUCCGCCCGGAGCGAGUGGGAAGCCAGGACCGAGGGGACUGCCAGGGAUCCCAGGAGUGCCAGGGGAGAAAGGAGAUCCAGGCUCCUUUGACUUCCUUAACCUUAUGAUCGCCGACGUCAGACACGACAUCCAAAAGCUCCAGGAGAAAGUCUUCGGCGACGAGUUGCCUGAGCCUUACGACCUGGCAGCAGCAGUGGCACGAGGAGAGGCAUCCCAGGCGGCAUGGCAGAAGAAGUAUCGCUCACAGCUGCAGGAAAUCAUGACAGAAGAAUACGAUAACAGGAUAUUUGGGGCAGCUACACGUUUUCAGCCGCAUCUUCUUCAGCUUGGAGGGGCGAUGCGGGCAGAUCGACGCCAGGACGUCCCAGGUAAUUCAAUGACCGAGGCAUCCAAGAUGCCCCCGCCCAGCCCCAGACCUCCACCAGCCCAAAUGAUGCAGCCGGAUCCCUCCACUGAAGAAAACAGCAAUGACCACCAGCAGAUACUAACAGUCGAAGGAGACACCACAGUUCCAGUUGACUUCCAUGAUGGUUUCUAUGACACCCAUCUGGUCCACGACGACUCACUGCUGGAGGAGUACAUAUCGCAUUACGACUAUAGUCAGCUUCCAGAAGCGCAUUACAUAUCAGACUACGCAUUGGAUGCACCCAUUCCAUCAUCACAGAUUCUGUCAUUUUCACCUUCGCAGACCUUCCACUCAACUGGCCCGUCGGCUAUUACCACUGACAGUCAUGACAGUUCUCCUCUUCCAUCGCGUAGUCAGGUCCGAGCCUCCCCUGAUAGAAGGUCGUUGGCUGAUGACUUAACACCAGCUCAAGGGGAGAGAGAAGAGCAAGUGUAUGAUCAGUCUGGUAGUGUGCCUAUUGACUUGUUUUCCUCCCAGGACUCAGAGACGUUGGAAUCCAAGAAGAUGCAACCAACGAUGACACUUGGGGCAAGGAGCUUUCCAAAUCCCUCAAACAUAGACUCAAACCCUACAGGAUCUUCCAGAAGGCUUAACUCUCAGGAGAAAAUUACGAGGGAUAACGAUGACGAUAAUGAGAAAAAGAAUUCUCCUACUUCAGUGUUAGAAAUAAAUCAGUCUCGCAUUAGAGAAUCCGAGAGGCUAAUCGAGAUGCUGGACGAUAUUCUGAGGGAGGUAAAUCUCACAGAACAACUCUCCCGUACACCUCGAAAUUACGAUGAAUCUUCAUACUUCCAAACUGACCUUCCACAACCAAGCACUCCGCUGGAUACCCUCGGUGAUAUCAAAGGGGACAAAUCUGAAGAAGGUCCCGGCACAUUUCCCUUAGACACCUCAGAGACUUCCCAGAGGACCGACAACACCCCAGAGACCCCAGUUGCUAGUGCCACUUCGUCGGGCCCCUAUGAAUCGGCGCCCCGACUUUCUCAGGAAGAAGGGGACGUCGCGUGAAGGGGUGUCGUCCCUCCAGCAGCUGCAUAAGUUACCGUAAGUCGUCGGAGCUCAUGAGCCUUCGUGAUUUUUAUGCUUCUGUAGCAGAUAAUUGUUAGUUGUGUCUGGAUGCCUUUCCUCUACCUAUGUAUGUACGUACGUAUGUUAUCGACAGUGCUUCUUUUAGUACUUCUCUUCUUAUUCUUAUUCUUAUUAUUAUGAGUAUUGUUAGAAUUAUUGUCAUCAUAUUAUUGCUAUUAUUAUUAUUAUUAUUAUUAUUAUUAUUAUUAUUAUUAUUAUUAUUAUUAUUAUUAUUUCAUUCUAUAAUUUCAUUUAUUCUUUUACUCUUAUUGUUAUCAUUGUCAUAACUAUUCCCAUAAUCAUUACUGUACAACCACUAUACGUAUAUAUCUGAACUAGUGAAGUGAAGACGCUCCUUUAUGAACAAGAAGGGCUGUACAGGGACAAAAAUAAACAGUAAGUACAACAAUAGCAUUUAAUUAGGGACAGACGCAUUGUGUGUUGUCAGUGUGUUGCGGCGAGCACACACGAGCAGCCGCAAUGAGUGGUAGUGUUUCUCAUUAAUUACUGUGCUGCUGAGAAUAAAAACGGUACAGUGAGAAGUACG